UGAGGCUGGGCCAGGCAAGAGGGAAAAAAACAACCCUUAUCUCACUGAGAGGCUGCAAAAUUGCUACACCGACCCACCCCCACUCCUGCGCAAAGGAAAUAGAAGCCAGAGUUAUAGCAAGAGUGACCACACACACUUCCUUAAGACCUCGUUUUAGGUCUCUCCCUCCCUCUGCUUGUGACAUGCACUGGCCGAGAUCAGAUCAGCUCCAUGGGACACUUGAAACCGAAGCCUGGAGGGGAAAUUUCCUAGUACUGCUUAACUAGAUGGAGGAUUUAGCCAGUGGCCAAGAUGGGCAACCUGAAUUUCAAAGCUCAGCACAAACAGGCACCCAGGGUGGUGAUAAUGGGCCUGGACUCUGCUGGCAAGACCACCCUCCUCUACAAACUGAAGAACAACCAACAAGUGGAGACCUAUCCCACUGUGGGCUUUAAUGUCGAGUCUUUGGAGGCAUCAAAGUAUAGGUCCCUGAUUCUUUGGGAUGUGGGGGGUCAGGACCAACUCCGGUCCAGCUGGAAAGACUAUUUAGAGGAGACUGACUCCCUCCUCUAUGUGCUGGACAGUACAGAUGAAGACCGGCUGCCUGAGGCUACGGUUGAGCUGGAAAAUGUCCUGAACAAUGCUCAUAUGGCUGGUGUCCCUUUCUUGGUCUUAGCCAAUAAGCAGGAGAUGCCAGGGGCCCUGUCUCUGCUAGAAAUUAAGAAUAGGAUGCGUCUGGAUCGAUUCAGUGACCGGAGUUGGGAGCUUCGAGGCUGCAGUGCCCUGACAGGUGAGGGGCUAAAAGAAGUCCAGCUGGCCCUGGAGAGACUUCUUAAGUCCUGAAAGCACAUAUGCCUCUACAGUAUGAGAGUGAAUGGAGAGAUGAAGAAGUCUUGACUGAUUAGAAAUGUUGCUGAGUAAGAACUGGGGAAAGAAACUGAGUGACCUUGAAAGACUUAAGAACUCUGAUCAACACGAUGAUCAAUCAUUAUUCCAGGACCAAUGAUAAAGAAUCCAUGCCCCUUCUGGCAGAGAACUGAUGGUCUAAACAUGCAGAAUGAAUGCAUUUUUGGAAAUGGCCAACAUGGGAAAUUGUUUUGCUUGACUGCAUAUUUAUCACAAGGGUUUUUUUUCCUCCU